UCUUUUUGAUACAAUGAACUCGGCUCCUCACAUCCCCUCCAUCAGUCUCUCUCUCUCGUGUGGCUUCUUCUUCUUCCCCUUUUCUACUCUUUUUCCUCUAUUGGAGAAAAUUUUUUUUUCUCAUCUCGACUUCCCUCUCUUUCCGCCACCUGUAGUCUUCUGCGCAUCCCUUUCCCUCCUUGGUUUUACCCAUUUCCUCUUCUCCCAACCGAAAUAAGCCUUCUUCCUGCAUGCAAUCUUGCCAUAUUGAAUGGGCAAGUACAUAAGAAAAGCGAAGCUCGCCGGGAAGGUAGCUGUCAUGGAGGUCUCAGCUCAGUCUUCUAUAGGAGUUCGUACCAGAGCAAGAACCCUCGCGCUUCGUCGCCCACGGAAACCGUCCUCCUCCUCCUCCUCCACCACCACCACCUCUGCAGUCGACAAUUCAUCAUCAUCUUCUUCCUCCUGCUACCUUCAGCUCCGCAGUCGCCGCUUGCAGAAGCCCGCCCUUAAUUUCAUUCAUAAUAAAAUCUCAGAGUCCAAGAUUUGUGCUGACGUUCAGGCCUCGCCGGAGGUGGACGGAGGAGUCGAGACAUCGUUUGGGGAAAACGUUUUGGACUUCGAUUGUCGGGAUAGGAAUGUGAGGGAAACCACACCUUGCAGUUUGAUAAGGAGUUCUGAAACUAUUAGGACUCCUGGCUCUACCACUAGGCUAACUCCAACCACAAAUGCCUUUAACCGUAGUUUACGGAAUGCUGUGCAUCAGAACAUUCCAAACCCUCGUGAGAUUGAAGAGUUUUUUGCUGGGACCGAGCAUCUACAACAGAAAAAAUUCAUGGAGAAGUAUAAUUUUGAUCCCCUGAAUGAUUUUCCCCUUCCCGGUCGAUAUGAAUGGGUGAAGCUCGACUCUUAGAACCCAACCUUCCUCCAUCAAAAGCUUCUGCUUUCAUCCACGUCCAGUCUUCCAUAGAAGCCUGACCUCAUAGUGGUAAUUUAAGAUAAUUAUUACCUAAGUGUAAAGAAGCAAUGGAUUUCCCAAGGUUUGAAAUGCCAAUCCAACGUUGUGUAUAGUAUGCAGACUGUGCUUCUGUAGCUGUAACACUUUUAGCAUUUAGGACCACCUAACCAAAUAUGUUAGAACUCGCUUGGUUCUGUAACUUGUUGCAUGUUGGUGUCUGAAAGUUCAUUGGGAAAUAAACGUUGAUCUUCUUAUGUUGUU